CAUUGACCAUCCUAUAGAGGACAGUCAGACUGACAAAGGUAAGAAUACCGAGAAUGACACCCGGCAUCCGGGACAAGAGAAGUGGGACUGUGCUGAGUCCAUACAUACAGAAUAGGGACAGAUACCGAGAAUGACACCCGACAUCCAGGACAGGAGAAGUGGGACUGUGCUGAGUCCAUCCAGGACAGGAGAAGUGGGACUGUGCAGAGUCCAUACAUACAGAAUAGGGACAGAUACCGAGAAUGACACCCGGCAUCCAGGACAGGAGAAGUGGGACUGUGCAGAGUCCAUACAUACAGAAUAGGGACAGAUACCGAGAAUGACACCCGGCAUCCGGGACAGGAGAAGUG